GGGGCGCCCAUCUUCCUCCGUGCGGCGGAGCCGGCGGGACGCGGCGGGGGCAGCAUGGCUGUUGAGAAACGCCCCGCGUGCAGCACCCGGGCUCAGCUAGAGCUGGAGAUGGAUGCGGAUAAGGGGAAGCAACGCCAGUACUCGCAGAGCGAAGGCGAGACAGAGAGGGCUGCCAAGGUAGAGGCGUUCCCUAGAGAACUGUAGCUUGACUUAGCGGCAGUGGGGUAGGAAGUUGGAAGGCUCUCUAGUGAGCUCGUGCCCCCCACCCGUGUGCCAUCAUCUACCUCCCAUCACUCUGGAGCCUCAUCGACACGUCUCCCCAGGCAGCUGCGGCCACCUGGCUUCUGAGGCCAGCCUGAUGGCGGAGCCUCGCUUCAACAACCCCUACUUCUGGCCACCCCCCCCCACCAUGCCCAGCCAGCUGGACAACCUGGUCCUGAUCAACAAAAUCAAGGAGCAGUUGAUGGCAGAGAAGAUCCGACCCCCCCACUUGCCCCCCACCUCCGUGGCCUCCCAGCAGCCCCUCCUGGUGCCCCCCUCCCCUGCUGAGAGCAGCCAGUCCAUCAUGUCCCUCCCCAAACUGCAGCAGGUCCCAGGACUACACCCCCAAGCUGUCCCCCAACCUGAUGUGGCCCUGCACGCCCGGCCGGCCACCAGCACUGUCACAGGGCUGGGGUUGGCUUCCCGCGCGCCUGCAGUCAGCACCUCGGAAUCCAGCACGGGGACUGGGACCACCACCCCCUCCACCCCCACCUCCACCAGCCAGAGCCGCCUCAUCGCCUCCUCGCCCACCCUAAUCUCAGGAAUCACCAGCCCCCCCCUCCUCGACUCCAUAAAGACAAUCCAGGGCCACGGUUUGCUGGGGGCACCCAAGGCCGAGCGCGGGCGGAAGAAAAUCAAAGCGGAAAAUCCUUCGGGCCCCCCGGUCCUGGUGGUGCCCUACCCCAUCCUGGCCUCGGGGGAGACGGCCAAAGAGGGCAAAACCUACAGGUGUAAGGUCUGCCCCUUGACGUUCUUCACCAAGUCGGAGAUGCAGAUCCACUCCAAGUCGCACACAGAGGCCAAGCCCCACAAGUGCCCCCAUUGCUCCAAAUCCUUUGCCAACGCCUCCUACCUGGCCCAGCACCUCCGCAUCCACCUGGGGGUCAAACCCUACCACUGCUCCUACUGCGAGAAGUCCUUCCGCCAGCUGUCCCACCUCCAGCAGCACACCAGAAUCCACACCGGUGACAGACCCUACAAGUGCCCACACCCUGGCUGUGAAAAGGCCUUCACGCAACUCUCCAACCUCCAGUCCCACCAGCGCCAGCACAACAAGGACAAACCCUACAAGUGCCCCAACUGCUACCGGGCUUACACCGACUCAGCCUCCCUGCAGAUCCACCUCUCUGCUCAUGCCAUCAAACACGCCAAGGCCUACUGCUGCAGCAUGUGUGGCCGUGCCUAUACCUCGGAGACCUAUCUGAUGAAGCACAUGUCCAAACACACGGUGGUUGAGCACCUGGUCAGCCAACACUCCCCGCAGCGGACGGAAUCUCCGGGCAUCCCCGUACGGAUCUCCCUCAUCUAACCAGGACCACCCUCACCAGCAGCAAAAG